CGUUUGACUAUAUAAACUGCAUACAUGACUCGUUUCAAAUACUAUCCCAAAGAAAGUGAAGGCAGAAACUAGAAAGUGUGAGAGAGAAGCUAGUAAAAGGAAGACGAGACUGUUUCAGUGUUUCCUACAUUGUCAACAAUCUAGGGUUAGGGUUUCUCAAAAUCUACCAUAACCAAAUCUUCAACAAUGUCAUCAACCAACAACACUACUUCUUCAAUUCAGCAGCAACAACAACAACAGGAAGGAAAUGUGUUGUCGAAACCUCCAUUGAGAAAACCUACCUUUAUCAAAGUUGAUCAACUUAAACCUGGUACCACCGGCCAUAAUUUGACUGUCAAAGUUGUUAGCUCUAAUACUGUGUUGAAGAGAGGAAGGUCUGUUUCUCUCAAUCUUCGCAACUCCAGAAUUGCUGAAUGUGUUAUUGGUGAUGAAACUGCCACCAUCAUUUUCACUGCUCGCAACGAUCAAGUUGACAUAAUGAAGCCUGAUACAACUGUUAUUAUCCGAAAUGCAAAGAUUGACAUGUUCAAGGGAACAAUGAGGCUUGCAGUUGACAAGUGGGGACGUAUCGAGGCGACUGAGCCUGCUAAUUUCACAGUGAACGAGGACAACAAUCUCUCCUUAAUUGAGUACGAGCUUGUGAAUGUUGCUGAAGAUGGACAGUAAGUUCUAAGCGGGUAGAUAUUUCCUGGUGUGAAGGAAGUUUUGAGGCUAGUCUAACCUAUCUGGUAAUCAUGUCCUUCAGCAAUCGUUGAAGGGGGUCUCUCUUGAUUGAAUGAAUAUAUUCUUAGUAGAAAUAUUAGCUAUUAAUUGGUAUACAGGUGUGCUAAAGCCAUAGAUAGGCGUAAAUUUCGGUAUGUGGUAUGUCUAAAUUCUGAUGUUCACCUGAUGAUUGGGGUUGUUGCUGGACAUGGGAUUGUAAAGAACGUUGGUGCUAAUGAUGAUGAUGAUAUAUAUAUAUGCUUAUAUAUCUCUUGUUAUUGGCUUUUGGCUUCUCUCUA